CACAAAAUUACGCCAUCGUACUCGAAUUAACUUCAACUCUCUCUUCUCUCUCUCUUUCUUUUCACUCUUGUUUUUGUUUCUGUGAGUGCUGUGUGUGUUCUCGGUUUGUAAUAUCUAAGUCGCACAAAGAUCAGACAAAGUCUGUUUGCGUUUGAUAGCAUUAGAGUCUGAUCGAAUUUGGAAGACCUGUGAGAUUAGGGUUUCUUUUUGUUUGUUUUUUUUUAUUCCGAAGGAGAGCUGCGGAGCAAUUGGAAUUACCUCGGUUAAAGCAAUCACGUAGCUUUGGAUCGUUUAGGGUUUUCUCAUUGGGUUUGGGGGAUUUGUAUUCGAGCUUCCUCAAACUCAAUCUGAUGGUGAUGUGAGACAAGGCUUAAUCCUGUUAAUUGGCGAUUCUAGGGUUUUUCAAUGGCGAGCACAGGCGAGCCUGACCGUAAAAGGCGUCACUUUAGCUCCAUAUCACCUUCUGAAGCUGCAGCCGCCGUAAAGAAACAGCCUUUCUUUUGGCCCUCCUCCGAGGACAAGCUUGAUACUGCAGUUCUUCAGUUCCAAAAUCUUAAGCUAUCACAAAAGCUAGAGGCUCAGCAGGUUGAGUGUUCUAUUCUUGAGGAUAAACUCUCUCAGAUCAAGGAAAAACAAUUACCAUACAACUCCAGUUUGAAGACUGUCCAUAAGUCUUGGGAAAAGCUUACAGCUUCAGUGGAAUCAUGCUCUGUUCGUGUGAGUGAUUCAAGCAGCGGAGCUCAUAGGUUUGUAAACAAGGAGGAUGGGUCUUCUCCAGCCGUGAAAAACGAUUUCAUCAACCGGCUACUUGAAACUGGUGCUACUGAGAGCUCCUCAUCCAAUAUCUGCUCGAAUCAGAUGGAAGAAAAUGGAGUGAAUACGUCAAGCCAGAUGACGCAAACCUUGUAUAAUCUAGUAGCCGCGACAGAGGAUUUGAGGUGUCUGAAGGAUGAAUUAUAUCCCACAGUUCUCAGAACCAAUCUUGGUAAAGAUUUGUGCGGUCAGCUAGCUCUGAGUGAGUUGGAAUCAGAAAUUAAAAGUUUCAGAGGGGAUCUAGAUGAUGUACUUGUGAAGUUCAAAUCACUUUCUAGAGAAUUGCAGAGUCAUCGCGAUGCUGAUGCUAAAGUUAGAGUAGACCUCAAACGAAUAAGAGGGGAGCUAGAGGAUGAGGUUGUGGAGCUUCAGCAGUGUAAUGGUGACUUGUCAGCAUUGAGAGCAGAAAGGGAUGCAACAGCUGGGGCGUUUUUCCCAGUGUUGAGUCUUGGAAAUAAGCUUGCUACCAGUGAUCGGGAGAGGGAUAAACAAAGGGAUCUGCAAGACAUGGAAACAGUUCUGAAAGAGUUAACGGUCCUGGCUUCAGGCAGGCUACAACAGCUAAAAAAUCUUCAUGAGGAGAGGACAAAGAUGCUUGGAAAAAUGAGUAAUUUACAGAACAAGUCAAAGUCUGUGAGGUGCAUCUCAUCUUCUCAAGCCUGCCUUUCUUUGAAAGACCAGCUAGAAAAAUCCAAAGAAGCAGUUUUCCAGUAUAUGGCUUUACUUGAGAAACUGCAGGUUGAAAAAGAUAGUAUAGUCUGGAAGGAAAGGGAGAUAAAUAUAAAAAAUGAACUAGGUGAUGUUUCUCGAAAGACGUCUGCUGUUACUGAUUCUAGAAUGGCUUCUUUGGAUUCGGAGAUACAGAAACAACUGGAUGAAAAAAUGCGAAUCAAGACUAGGCUGGGAAAUAUAUCAAGAGAGCGAGGUAGAAAAGAAAUCUUUGCAGAUAUGAAGGCAUUAAUUUCUUCGUUCCCCGAGGAAAUGAGUUCCAUGCGUAGUCAAUUAAACAAUUAUAAAGAGACUGCUGGAGGUAUUCAUUCUCUGCGGGCUGAUGUCCAGUCCCUCUCUGGGGUUCUAUGUAGGAAGACAAAAGAGUAUGAAGCAUUGCAAUUGAGAUCAGCUGAUUAUGCUUCUCAGUUAGGUGACCUGAAUGCUACGGUUUGUGAUUUGAAGAACAGUCAUGAGGAGUUAAAGUUGUUUCUGGACAUGUAUAAACGUGAGUCCACUGAUGCGAGGGACAUAGCUGAAGCCAAGGAACAGGAGUACAGGGCUUGGGCUCAUGUUCAGAGUUUGAAAUCAUCCCUUGAUGAGCAAAAUCUGGAGUUGCGCGUUAAGGCAGCAAAUGAAGCUGAAGCCGUUUCCCAACAAAUGUUGGCUGCUGCGGAAGCAGAGAUUGCUGAUUUAAGGCAGAAAAUGGAUGAUUGUAAAAGGGAUGUCGCCAAGCAUUCUGAUAUCUUGAAAUCUAAACAUGAAGAACAUGGAACAUAUCUUUCUGAAAUACAGACAAUUGGAAGUGCCUAUGAGGACAUUGUACCGCAAAACCAACAGCUUUUGCUUCAAGUUACAGAGAGGGAUGACUAUAACAUCAAGCUUUUCUUGGAAGGCAUAACUUCUAGGCAGAUGCAAGAUACUCUGCUUAUCGAUAAAUACAUCAUGGAUAAGGAUAUACAGCAAGGCAGUGCAUAUGCCAGUUUCCUAUCCAAGAAAUCAUCAAGAAUUGAAGAUCAGUUGAGGUUCUGCACAGAUCAGUUUCAGAAACUAGCGGAAGAUAAAUAUCAAAAGUCUGUUUCUCUUGAAAAUCUGCAAAAGAAACGUGCAGACAUCGGGAAUGGCUUGGAACAAGCUAGGUCAAGGCUGGAGGAGUCCCAUUCUAAAGUUGAGCAAAGUCGGCUGGAUUAUGGGGCAUUAGAACUGGAACUGGAGAUUGAAAGGUUCAAUAGGAGAAGGAUAGAGGAGGAAAUGGAAAUAGCCAAAAAGAAAGUUUCUCGUCUUCGGUCUCUCAUAGAAGGAUCAUCGGCCAUUCAAAAGCUCCGACAAGAACUCAGUGAAUUUAAAGAAAUUCUGAAGUGUAAGGCCUGCAACGAUCGCCCAAAAGAGGUGGUGAUUACGAAGUGCUACCAUUUGUUCUGCAACCCAUGUGUGCAAAAGCUCACAGGAACUCGACAAAAGAAGUGUCCAACAUGCUCAGCAAGUUUUGGACCAAAUGAUAUUAAACCUAUCUACAUAUGACCGCACCAAAACACUCUGAGCAUGAUGAUGUAUGAUGAAACUGUGAAACACACACAGGUACUUUUUCUCAUAUAGGAUAAACAUUAGAUCUCUCUGUAAUUAUUACUCUCUUUUAUUGGGAAAGGUCAUGAAGAAUAAUUGGAUAUGGCAAAUCAGAGUUUUUGAGGAACCAUUUUGGGAUUUUGAUAAUGUGAUAGAGAAUAGGUAACACUGUUAGGGUUUAUGUCUUUGGUGAUACUUCCUUUUUGUUUGUAAUUUGGAACAUGGUUUCCGCAAUUGAUUUUUCAAUUAAAUCUUCUUUUUUGUUCUACAUUUGUGUAUGAUCCAAACGUUUGUGAUGUAGUGUUCUAAGAUUCUCAAUUUAGAAAACACGAGGCAAGAUUUUGGAUAUUUGUACCAUUUGCGAUGAAUUGCAAUCCAAUUUGUU